AUGGCUGAACGUAGCCAUGGCUGCAGACGUGGCGAUGCUCGUGGCGACGAUCGUGGUGAGGGACGUGGAGAUCUCCCAAACAAAGAGGCAGCACAACAGCAUGAUCUAAGCGACAUUGAGAACGAUGAUCCGAGACAACAGGGUCACAGGAUCUCUCUUGACGGCAUUUUAAUUCUACGUGGGGGUGGGAACAAGAAACUGAUAGAAGAGAGGUGCGAGCAGUUAACAACUGUCGUUGAGAAGAUUAGUGCAAUGUUUCAUAAGGAGAAAGCACAAUUGUCAAAGUUGUCUGGUAGUGUUACGGUACUCAAGGUUGGAGGAGCGAGUGAAACAGAAGUUGGAGAAAUUUUGAAUGGAUUAAGAUGCUAUUUCAACAAAGCAGACUUGAUUGGCUUUAGUGGUGGUAAGACAACAUUGUCAGAUGAUGAGACGAUGGAAUAA